AUGUCUGCAUUAAAUGCCUGGUUUCUUAAAAUCAGGAACUUGGUGGAUGAUAGAUAUAGAUCCAAAGAACUGGCCUAUUGUUUUAUCUUGAUUGGCACAUGUCUCGAUAACUUGAAUAUUACCGCUGCCUUCAGCAUGACCGAAAGCUUGCAAAAACAAAUGGGAGCUACCACAGCUGAUGCAACAUGGGUUGUCUCGUCCUAUGCUCUGACUAUGGGAGCAUUCAUUAUAUUAUUCGGAAAAUUGAGUGACAUUCAUGGUCUCCACAAAGUCUUUACUACAGGUCUAUUUGCAAUGUCGAUAAUGAGCCUGAUUUGCGCUGUGAUAACUAAGACCAUCAUUCCAUUGAUUGUUUUCCGUGCCUUUCAGGGUAUUGCGGGAGCAUCCAUGAUCCCUAGUGCAGUUGGGUUGUGUGGCAAUUAUUUCCAUGGGCCUCAACUUUCCACUGCGAUCAACUACCUAAUGCUUGCUUUUUGUGCGUCUCUGGGUAUCGGAACUAUAUUAGGAGGUGCAUUUUCGAUAACAAGCAUUGGUUACAGAGCAUUUUUCUAUUUUUCGUUUGCAAUCAGUUUUGUAAGCUCCAUCGCCCUGUUUUUCUUGAUUGUGCCAGUUGAGAGAACGAGGGAGCAUAAUAUGAUGAAGUCAAAAUACUUGGAUUAUGGUGGAGCACUUCUUCUUGUCGGUGGACUGAUUCUCAUUAUAUAUGGCUUUACUGAAGCUGGUACACGAUGGGACUCGCCCAAAGUUUACGCGACUAUCCCUGUUGGAACAGUGGUUGUUCUUAUUGUGCUCCUUUUUGAAAAUUUUUACGUCAUUCCCUACCAAAGAACUCACAGAAACUCAAACAGUUAUCGCUCCAAACUGGUUCUGCUAUUCCCUUUUGAAGUUGUUAAAAUCACAAAUUUUCUUCCGUUUUUUGUCGGUCUGACUUUCAAUUAUGCUGGAUUCACUGCAUUAAUUACUUCCCUUUUGCUUUAUCAUGAGUUUGUGGAUGGAGACUCUGCAAUUGUUGCAGCAGUCAAAGUGUUCUGCACAUCAGCAGGUAUAUUAAUAGGAGCCCUUCUUUACAGACCGUGGAUGCAAAAACGAUUUGGUAGCAAAAUCUUGCUGAUCUGGUCUGCAGUCGUUUGUUUGGGAACAUCCAUUUGGAUAACACGAAUUGACCAUGCUAACCGCUAUUCAUUCUGGAUAUACGAGUUUGUUCCUCAAUUAUUAUAUGGAUACGGAACGAACAUUUUUUACCAGGUCUACUACCUUGCUCUGCUUUCUGAGACGCCGUUACAUCUGCAAGGGAAUGUUACGGGUAUAUUUCAGACCAUAGGUCAGAUUGGUAAAUGUUUGGGCACUGCGAUUGCAUCAUCCAUUAUAGGUGCCCUAGAUUCAUCCAAAGUUUACUCAAAAUCGUAUGUGCAGACAAGAUGUGUAAACGCCCUUUGGUUCACAGUGGCGUGCUUUGCUUUGGAAUUGGUGAUGAUGUUGUUCAGCAAGAACAGCAGGCCGACACAAAAAAGUAAGACGGAGGAAAGCAAAGAUGAAAGCGAGAAAACAAUCGAGGAAUAUGACAUCGAGAACCCAGCUUGA